AUGUCAACUAUCCGAGAAUGCUUUUUUAAUAUAAACGAAGCAUUUGAGCUUUCCACUGAAGACUUUAAUAAACAGUGGGCUCUUGUAAAUAAUAUGUGGACUAAAUUUAACAGAUACUACUUAGAUAAUGGUGAUGAGCGAAGAACUUUUGUUUGUAGGCUUUCAAAGCCUAAGGAAUCAAGUGGAAGAAAAGAAAACAUUCUUCCCAAAAAGCUUC